AUGGCUUUGUUGUUGUCACCAGAGCAAUUCUGUCGGCUCAGCGAAUAUUCAGCAAAUCCGACUUUACAUGUCAAGGAGAUGCUCGAUGAGUUUCAACAAGGUGGAAAGUACUAUCCUUACAUAUCUUCCAACUUUGAAGAUCAACAAGCCAUUAGUUUCGAAGGAGUCCGAAUAUUUCUCCAAGAUUAUUUUGCGGAUGUUCUACCAGCUGAGAUGCUUGAACAGCUUUUUCUUUCCUUCUACAAGCCUGAAGAGAAAGAACGUCGAACGAGUCUGCUAGAAGACGCAUUCAACACUAUGCGAUAUCGCUUCACGGAAAAUCUUCAGUCGUUAGCUGGUCGUUUGGAACGGUUUAGCUUGAUGCAUCUGGACAGUCUAGGCUCAAGCAGUUCGGGUUCUGGAGUUCUUUCAUCUGCAAGAGCAACGAACUCACUUUCUGCACGUAUUGCAAAGCGUUUAGCAGGCCAUGCAGCUGCAGGAAAAAGUUCUUCAUUAAAAUCAGCCAUAGGGAUUCCUAACUCGAUUACGGACACUGAGCGAUUAAUGGAACUAUAUGCAGACCUACGAAUACCAUUGAAACCACUAAUAUGCACACUUUCAUUGUUGGAAGCUGAUACACCUGAAAAUAAAUUAGAAGUUGUUUUUCACGUUUAUGAUUCGGAUGCGAAUGGAUAUUUGGAUAAAGCUGAAAUUGAUAGUAUUAUUGACCAAAUGAUGACGGUAGCCAGGUAUAAGCAAUGGGAUACAACUGAACUAGAAGAGAUUUUACGUCAAAUGAUGUCGGAUAUAGACUAUGAUAGUGAUGGGAUCGUUUCGUUAGAAGAAUGGAAGCAUGGCGGAAUGACUAACAUACCUCUGUUGGUACUUUUAGGCUUAGAUACGUCCUUACAAUUCGCUGAAAUGAAAGAAGAUGGUAAUCACGUGUGGCGUCUUCGACACUUUUCUAAACCAAACUAUUGUAAUGCUUGCUGCUCUCUAUUGGUUGGAUGGGGAGGAAAGCAAGGAUUAAGUUGUUCAUUGUGUAAAUAUACAGUACACGAAAAGUGUGUUAGAACAGCUGCCAACAAUUGCAUCAAAACGUUUUCAGUACGAACAUCAAACAUAGAAACACUAUAUCAUCAUUGGCAAGAUGCUAAUACAGCAGCCAAAUGUGUUAAAUGUAAUGGAACUGUGGGCGCUUUCCAAGGAAAACGAUGUCGUUGGUGUCACAACUAUGUACAUCAUCGAUGUAUGUCUUCACUUCCACAUGAAUGCGAUAUGGGAGCUCUAGCCUACCAUAUGCUGCCUCCAACACACAUCUUUCCGGCUUUUCUAGAACGAAAAUCAUGCUCGCAUAAAAACUUUCAACCCAACUGUAAUAAUCUCUUGCAGGCUAUCUCUCCUGGACCGAAUUCUCACCCUUUGCUCGUUCUGGUAAAUCCAAAAAGCGGUGGUAAACAAGGGAUUCGAAUUCUACAAAAAUUUGCUCACAUUCUAAAUCCGCGACAGGUGUACGAUUUGAGCAAAUUCGGUCCGGAACCAGGUCUCGAUCUAUUCUCAGCCAUCCCGAACUGUAACAUUCUUGUGUGUGGUGGUGAUGGAACGAUUGGAUGGGUUCUAGAAUCGAUGGACAAAAUCAAUUUUCCACAUGGCCGUCCGCCUGUAGCCAUUUUGCCUUUAGGUACCGGAAAUGAUUUAGCCAGAUGUUUACGAUGGGGAGGAGGCUACGAGAACGAAAGUCUUCACAAAAUUUUAGACCAAAUAGAACACGCGACAACGAUUCAAAUGGAUAGAUGGCAGAUAAAAAUUGAAUCAACGGACAAAGGUACAACAGAAGAAAAAUCUUGGGAUCAUCCUCCUUAUGCCAUCGUUAAUAACUAUUUCUCAAUUGGCGUGGAUGCCUCGAUAGCUCAUCGUUUUCAUGUUAUGAGAGAAACUCAUCCCGAGAAAUUCAACAGCAGAAUGAGGAACAAGCUAUGGUAUUUCGAAUUGGGAACUACAGAAACGCUCAGUGCUUCAUGCAAGAAUCUACAUGAGCAAAUUGACAUUUUGUGUGACGGAGAGUCAGUGGAUAUUGGCCAAGAAACUAGCUUAGAAGGAAUUGCUUUGCUCAAUAUACAUUCUAUUUAUGGCGGCUCUAAUCUAUGGGGAAAUAGUAGAAAGAGAAGAUUGCCAGGAAUUUUGCCAUUACUAAGUAGAGGAUCUACUCAUUUGAACAAUAGAGUCCAGGAUAUAGGAGAUGGAUUAAUUGAGGUUGUGGGGCUGGAAUCAGCAAUCCAGAUGGGGCAGAUAAAAGCUGGAGUGAGAGAUGCUCGAAGGUUAUCACAAUGUGCUACCGUCGUUAUACAAACACAUAAAGCUUUUCCUAUGCAAAUUGACGGUGAGCCAUGGAUGCAACCACCAUGCAUAAUUCAAAUCACGCAUAAGAACCAAGUGAACAUGCUGAUGGCACCAAAGAAACGAACAACUUGGUGGAGUAUAUCUCAUCAAACACAAUCAGAAGACAACUGA